AUGCGCUCUUCAAUCCUGUCCCUCAACCUUCUGGCCCUGGCAGUGUCUGCCUACCCGCAGCCACGCGCCGUUGCCGACCAGCAUGAGUUUCAAGCACCGACUGCGGAUGACAGCCGUUCUCGCCCCAUGUUGAACACAUUAGCAAACCACGGCUACGUCGCCCGCGACGGCAAGAAUAUCUCCCUCACGGACCUCCAGGACGGCUUUGAGGCCGCCAUCAACCUGGAGCCCGCAUUCUCCGUCGGGCCCUUCGGCGUCGGCGUGACCGCCUCGACCACCGGCCGCAACGACACGCUCAACCUGCACGACUUGCUGAAGCACAACCUGAUCGAGCAUGAUGUCAGCUUGAGCCGCAAGGACGCCUACUUCGGAAACGCCCUGGACUUCGACCCCGAGGUUUGGGCGGGAACCUCGGCCGUCUGGAGGGACACCAACGCCGCUACCGUCUCGAUCGAGGCUGCAGCUAAGGGCAGGCUUGCGAGGAUCGCGAAGGACAAAAUCGAGAACCCCGAGUAUAACCUGACUUCGGCUGGGGAGGCUGCUGGCCUUGGCGAGACCGCAUUGUUUGUGGCGGUCAUGGGCGACAAGGUCGAGGGAAAUGCGAGGGUGGACUGGGUUGAUAUCUUUUUCCGUGAAUCUCGACUUCCGUUUGCCGAGGGCUGGACAAGGUCGACAGAGGUCAUUACAUCGGCGGACAUUUCCAACAUGAAGGACAAGAUUGUUAAGUUUUCUAGCUAA